GAUGAUAACAUUUGUUUGUAUCCGACGUUCCUCUCCGCACGCCCCUGAACAUCCUAAAACAAGGGAAGGAGGAUGUCGGGGUUACGGCCGGGGCGUGGGAAAAUAUGGUGUGGGAAAGAGUGGGUGGCCAAACAUUUAUUUGAUACGGCUGCGCUGCAAUAUAAUUCAGAAUGCUAGCUUACGAGAUUACCUCUGAUUUGAUGAUUCUUGCAUCUAAAAUCAUGAGAACCGUCGACUAUUACCGACACACAGUAGCCCCAUCGCGCCGUCGUAAUGCGCCGCGCUCCACAUAGCGUGGGAAAAGUCGCUGUAUUUUUAAUUUUUAGACAUUUCGCAGUUCGUAGAAGGAUAGUGGUAGGGUGAUAGCACGGUGAUAAUGGGAGUUCAUGGGCUUUGGCGGCUCAUAGAGCCUUCAGGCAAACCUGUCCCUUUAGAAACUCUGGAAAAUAAAGUUUUGGCUGUCGAUGUUUCAAUUUGGCUCCAUCAAGUUGUAAAAGGUUUUCAAGACUCCAAAGGAGCCCCAGUUCCUAAUGCCCAUUUGUUAGGUAUUUACCAUAGAGUCUGCAAACUUCUCUAUUUUAAGAUUAAACCAGUAUUUAUUUUUGAUGGGGGAGUGCCAGUUCUUAAAAAACAAACGAUAGCCAAAAGAAAUCAGCAGAAAUCGAGAAAUUCUUCUGAAGCUGAAAGACUACAAAAACAACUUAUAAGUACACUUUUAAAGCAUUCGGCUAUAAGUAAAGUCAUAUCUGAAAAAACAAAGGCUUGCUUAACUCUUCCUCUGAAAAAAACCACUAAACAUGAAAAUAUGUAUGCUUUACCUGCUCCUGAAUUGGAUUCCACCAUAUCAUCAUCUGAAGAAGAGGAUUUGGAAAAUACAGACACAACUGAUUCAAGUCCAACUAAACAUUGGGACAUACACAAUAUCGAUAUGUCGAGCACAAAUUUUAAAUCUUUACCGGUCGAUGUGAGGCAUGAGAUAUUAACGGAUUUAAAGGAGACAAGAAAGCAAAAUUCCUGGGGUAGAUUGCAUGAACUACCGAAACAAAGCGAUGAUUUUGCUGUGUAUCAAAUGAGCAGACUACUUAAAAGACAGGCUGUGCAGUCUGCAUUAGAAGAUGCAGAAAAAGAAAUGGGGGGACAUUCUUUAUCUUUAGCUGAAUUGGAAUCUAUCCUAAAAGAUCACGGUGUAGUAACUAACACUGACAUUGGAAAACGUAUAGCAUCUGAUGAAAACACGAGGUAUUUAUAUAUCAAAGAUAUUAAACAAGCCCUAGAAAAAGCUCGACAAGAACAAUUGAAGUUAGAUUCAAUUCAAGAGGAAGAUAGUAAUGAGAAUGAUACAGUGAUUGAAACAAAAAACAAAACAAAGGCCGAUUUAGAAUUCGAAGAAGAUUUGGAAAAAGCUAUUGCAUUAUCAUUACAAGAAGAACCUUCCACUUCUAAAACAGAAGUUUCAAGUAGCAGUGAUAACAAAAACAAACCCCGAUUCUCAUUUUUGGAGAACUUUAAUGAUGCUGAUUUUGAAUCUGAUGUUAGCGAUGAAGUGGAAGAAGUGCCUGUUAAAAAAAAAAUUUCUUCGGCUCAAAGCUACAUGAUGGAAUACAGUGGACUUACGCCAAAUGAAAUUAACAAGAUAUUAAAUGAUAAAAAAGAAUUGAACAGUUCGAAAGGUAAAACAAUUGUAGAAAAAAGAUUUAGAAACCUGGCUGAAAUUAAGUUGAGUAAUAAUAAUGUUGAUGACAGCGAUAGAAAUAAUGUAGAGCAGUGCAAAAUCAGUUCUAAUGAACAAACGAGUUUGGAAAGCAAAGAUGGAAAAUGUGAAAACAGAAAUGAAGUAAAUUCAAAAGAAGUUAGUGCAAAUGUUACUCGAAGUGAAUUGUCAGAUAUUAAAAAAAUUUCCACAGAUCAAAAUAAUUUUGAUGACUCAAACUGCAUAAUCAGUUCAUCUGAUGAUAUUAACAAAAUUACAAAAGCUACUGCAGAUAAAAUAGAUACAAUCGAUUUAUUAUCAAAUGGUGACACAUCUAGUUCUGAUGAAUUCGAAGAAGUUUCUGAAGAAAUAGUAUCAAAAGAUAAAAAUUCUGUGGAAAUUGUGAUUGAUCCAAAUCAGAAAUUAGAAGACGAUGAUUUAUUUAGUGAUAUAUUUGACAGAAAUGAAGAAAUUAAGACUAGUAUUUCUGAAAUUGUAAUUCAGCAACAAUCUGAAUUUGAUGGUAAUGUUAUUAGUGAAGUUUCAGAGACAAAAAGGAAAGUGUCUUGUGAUAUUGAAAAACCAGAAACCGAAAUUAGCAGUUCACGUAAUGAAGAUUCCAAUAAAAAUUCUGUGGAUGUAGUGUCGAAAAUAUCUGUCCCUGAUACGGUAGAAAAAAUACCUGAUUUGGAAAAUUUAUCAAGAGAAACCGUAAAUGGCACCUCUGAGGAAAAAUCAAGUCUUCAUAAAAGUAAAGAGCUUAAAGUUCCCAAUAUGAAGUUGGACGAAAUGAUAAAAUUAAAAGAUAAUCUUCAGAAAGAAAAACUUGACAUUUUAGUGGAAAAAUCGACCAAAGAAAGAAUGGCAAGCAAUAUAACAGACCAAAUGUAUCAGGAGGCGCAGGAUUUAUUGGAACUUUUCGGUGUGCCAUACAUUGUUGCACCCAUGGAAGCUGAGGCACAAUGUGCCUUUUUGGAUACCAUUGAACUUACAGAUGGCACGAUUACCGAUGAUAGCGAUAUUUGGCUUUUUGGUGGUCGCACUGUUUAUAAAAAUUUCUUCAGUCCAAGCAAAUACGUAAUGGAGUUUAAAGCUGAAAACAUUAAACACCAUUUUAAAUUAACAAGAGAACAAAUGAUUCUUCUAGCACUUUUAGUUGGAAGUGAUUACACUAUUGGACUGCAAGGUGUAGGUCCUGUAACAGCUCUCGAAAUUUUGGCAGCAUUUCCUCCAAUGCAGUCUCAAGAAUUUAGCUUAUCUCACACUGAGUUACUGUCGGGAUUAAAGGAAUUUCGAUCCUGGUUUAAUAAGGGCAAGUCGGCAGGUCUAGGUAGGUCGGUAUUGAAAAACAAAUUGAAAAAUAUCACCUUCACAGAUAAUUUUCCCAGCUCACAAGUAGUUCAUGCAUACCUGGAACCUACAGUUGAAACGAGCAGAGAGAAAUUUUCUUGGUCAAAACCCGACUUUGUAGGAUUAACAGAUUUUGCUAAAGAGAAAUUCGGGUGGUCCCACAAAAAAACUGAGGAAAUCCUCAAGCCUGUUGUUAAAAAAGUGGAGGAAAAUCAGGCGCAGAAGAGUAUAAAAGACUAUUUCAAAACAGUUUAUAAGGCCGAUUCAACAGAUGCCCAAAAUCAAAUGAGUAAACGAGUCCAAUCAGCGAUAAAGCGAAUUGGCAAAACUCCUGAAGAAUUAAUUGCCGAGGAAAUGGAAGCAUUAUCUAAAGAGAAACAAAAAAGGUCGAGAAACAAAAGAAAUAAUGAAAAAACUAUUAACAAAGAAGUGGAACAUAAAGAGAAACCAAAGAGGACAAGACGAAAGAAGAGUGAAAAUACUCGUACAAUAAACAGUAAACAGACAAGUGGAGAAAAUGUUAAUAGUGUAGGUACAGAAACAGAAGAGCCAGAUCAGAAAAAAUCUAAAUCCGAGAAAGUAAUAGAAAAUGAUCUGGAAAAGAUAAUAGUAGCUCCAGCAGAAACUUCGCAACAAACAAAAGAAGUUGACGAGAACUCUGUUGAUUUAAAGAAAUAUGAAAAUAUAGCCAUUGAACUGAAACAACGAAGACAAAAGAGAAAUGAGAUGUCUAAGAAAAAUGACACCUGGUUUAAGAAAAAAACUAAGCCUCCACCUACAAAAACUGCACCUACCGAGGUUAUACCCCAAGUUCUCGAAGAAGAUGAAGAAAUUCAAUUGUUAAAAGCUACCACUUCAAGAUCAUUGAAAAGGGUAGAGGAAAUUGAUCGAGAAGUUAGAAAUGAAGUAGAACAAGUGAAGAAACAAUGUUUACCGCAUGUUCAUAAAAAAGAGAUUAUUCACCAGAGACUAAGAGAUAAAAGCGAUUCGUUGAAGAACAAACUAAAAGCUAUGGAGGUGUUUAGAAAAUCCAAAAAGGGACUAGGUUAUGUUCCAAAACGCGGAAAGAAAAUAACGGUACCAAAGGAAGAUGCAGGAUUAUCAGAAGAAAGUAGUGGUGAUUAAUCAUAUUUAUUUAUUGUUAUUUUUAUAUUUGCAAUAAAAUAUGUAAACUAAUA